GUUUUUUUAAUGAUAUGAUUUUCAUAUAGAUUAUUUCAGAAGCGACAAACUGCGCCCAUGGCUAUGGGAUAGCACCUGAUAGCCCACCAUUGCCAACUGAUUUAAUAAAAAAUAGGAGCCUAUGCUAAUGUUUUUCGCUUUCAUUGAAUGUUUAAUUCCUUCGAGGUCGACUUUCACAUUAGCCUAAUUUAGUACUUAACCAUGAACAUAGUCGUGUUUUUUGAAUGUUUAAAACGUUUCCAAUAUUAGGAAAGUCCUUCUAAAUGUAGCCCAUAUUGUGGAUGAAGAGUUCUGGAAACCUCUCAAGUGACAUCCAACUACUCUGAUUCAAUCUGCCGGUAGGAGGCGGUUGUCGCACCAGAUGCAACACCUGUUUGCCUGCGUGGAUAAAACAGAACGCCGAAAGAUGCAGGUGUCAAACGUUCAGGUGUUGUCGCAGAUACUAUACCAAACCGUGUCUGGUUAUGGCCUUACGUGCAACAUUUAGACGAUGUGUUUCGGUGCUGUCGUGGAUCCCUGUUAUAAUCCUCACAAUUGGGGUCGUGUGGUCAUAUUACGCGUAUGUGGUUCAGCUCUGCCUCAUCACCCUGACAGGCACAGCAAGAAAGGUGAUACAUCUCUUGAUGUUCCAUGUUUGUUUUGGGAUGUUCUCCUGGGCAUUUUGGAGGUCUGUAUUCACCACCCCAUCCUCACCGUCACGAGGGUUCCAGCUCUCUCUGUCGGACAGGCAGCGCUACGCAGAGCAGGAGACUCCAGAGGCUCAGAGACGGGUUCUCCUGGAGAUCUCACAGAAGCUGCCGGUGCAUUCGCGCUCAGCCUCCGGAGCGAUCAGGUUCUGUCGUCAUUGCCAGUUGAUUAAAUCAGACCGCUGCCACCACUGUUCAGCUUGCCAAAUGUGUGUACUUAAAAUGGAUCACCACUGUCCAUGGCUGAACAACUGUGUAGGAUUCUCCAACUACAAGUUCUUCCUCCUCUUUCUGGCUUUCUCUCUGCUCUACUGCCUUUUUAUUGUUGCCACAGUCGCACCCUACUUCGUCAAGUUCUGGCUGGGUCCGUUUUUGAACCACUCGACAGUGAAAGUGCACGUGCUCUUCCUCAUGGUGGUGUCGCUGAUGUUUGCCAUCACACUGUCCUUUAUACUUGGCUUUCACUGCUGGCUGGUCAUCAAGAACAAGACCACUGUUGAGUGGUUGUCAGCUCCUUUCUUUUCCUAUGGACCUGACCGAAGAGCUUUUGAUGUAGGCCUGAAGCCCAAUGUAUUGCAGGUGUUUGGAUCACAAAGAAGAUUUUGGCUGUUACCUGUUUUUAGCAGGAACUAG